GAAGUAUCGCGAGAAGAGGGAGGGCGCGUAGCUUUUUAGAAGUCACUAUGGUGACAGGGCGGUCGGGAAGCAUCUUGGUAACUGGUCCCGGCUCUGUGAAAGCAGUCGCCAUCGCUUUCCUGGGAUUUAAGUGAAUGCAUUCAAGUAGCAUUUAAAAAUUUUGCUGGAAAGUGGAAGCAUGAGACUGAAGAUAUCACUUUUAAAAGAACCAAAGCAUCAAGAAUUAGUAAGCUGUGUGGGCUGGACUAAUGCAGAAGAACUGUAUUCAUGCAGUGAUGAUCACCAAAUAGUGAGGUGGAACUUGUUAACCAGUGAAACAAGUCAAAUAGUAAAGCUUCCUGAUGACAUUUACCCAAUAGAUCUUCACUGGUUUCCAAAAAGUUUAGGCACCAGGAAACAAACUCAAGCAGAAAGCUUUGUCCUCACAAGUUCUGAUGGGAAAUUUCAUCUGAUUUCUAAGUUAGGAAGAGUGGAAAAAAGUGUAGAAGCUCACUGUGGAGCAGUACUGGCAGGAAGAUGGAAUUAUGAAGGAACAGCAUUAGUUACAGUUGGAGAAGAUGGACAAGUAAAAAUCUGGUCAAAGACUGGAAUGCUAAGAUCAACUUUAGCUCAGCAAGGAACACCAGUGUAUUCAGUAGCAUGGGACCCUGAUUCUGAAAAGGUUCUUUACACAGCAGGCAAGCAGCUGAUCAUUAAACCUCUUCAACCAAAUGCUAAAGUUUUACAGUGGAAAGCUCAUGAUGGCAUUAUUUUAAAAGUAGAUUGGAACUCAGUCAAUGAUUUAAUUUUAUCUGCUGGUGAAGACUGUAAAUAUAAGGUAUGGGAUAGUUAUGGCCGCCUUCUAUACAAUUCACAGCCCCAUGAGCAUCCUAUUACCUCAGUUGCCUGGGCUCCAGAUGGAGAAUUAUUUGCUGUUGGAUCGUUUCAUACUUUACGUUUGUGUGAUAAAACUGGGUGGUCAUAUGCUUUGGAAAAGCCCAACACUGGCAGCAUAUUUAAUAUUGCAUGGUCAGUUGAUGGCACUCAGAUUGCUGGAGCCUGCGGAAAUGGACAUGUUGUUUUCGCACACGUGGUGGAGCAACGCUGGGAGUGGAAAAAUUUUCAAGUAACAUUAACCAAAAGAAGGACUAUGCAGGUCCGUAACGUUCUUAAUGAUGCAGUGGAUUUACUGGAAUUCCGUGAUAGAGUCAUUAAAGCAUCUUUGAACUAUGCCCACUUAGUUGUUUCAACGUCUCUUCAAUGUUAUGUGUUCUCUACAAAGAACUGGAAUACACCACUUAUAUUUGAUCUCAAAGAAGGAACUGUUAGUUUAAUUCUGCAAGCAGAAAGACAUUUUCUUCUUGUAGAUGGUGGUGGUAUCUAUUUAUAUUCUUAUGAAGGGCGCUUCAUUUCUUCUCCAAAAUUUCCUGGAAUGAGAACAGAUAUUCUGAAUGCACAGACUGUAUCUCUGAGUAAUGAUACCAUAGCAAUAAAAGACAAAGCCGAUGAAAAAAUUAUCUUCCUCUUUGAGGCAUCAACUGGAAAACCAUUAGGUGAUGGAAAGAUUCUCUCUCAUACGAAUGAAAUUUUGGAAAUUGCUCUGGAUCAAAAAGGACUUACGAAUGACAGAAAAAUUGCUUUUAUUGAUAAAAAUAGAGAUCUCUAUAUCACCUCAGUGAAACGAUUUGGGAAGGAAGAACAAAUUAUCAAACUUGGAACAAUGGUGCAUACUUUGGCGUGGAGUGACACAUGCAAUAUCCUUUGUGGACUUCAAGAUACUCGAUUUACAGUGUGGUAUUACCCCAAUACAGUUUAUGUGGACAAAGACAUUUUGCCCAAAACAUUAUAUGAAAGGGAUGCCAGUGAAUUUAGUAAAAAUCCCCAUAUUGUGAGUUUUGUGGGAAAUCAGGUAACUAUAAGAAGAGCCGAUGGCUCACUGGUUCACAUGAGCAUACCACCAUAUCCUGCUAUUCUCCAUGAAUAUGUCAACAGUUCCAAAUGGGAAGAUGCUAUAAGACUCUGUCGCUUUGUCAAGGAACAAACCAUGUGGGCUUGCCUAGCUGCUAUGGCAGUUGCUAAUCAAGAUAUGACAACUGCAGAAAUAGCCUACGCAGCGAUUGGUGAGAUUGAUAAAGUUCAAUACAUCAAUUCUAUAAAAGAUCUUCCAUCUAAAGAAUCAAAAAUGGCCCACAUAUUAAUGUUUAGUGGGAAUAUACAGGAAGCUGAAAUACUACUUCUUCAGGCUGGCCUUGUUUACCAAGCAAUCCAGAUAAAUAUUAACCUCUACAACUGGGAAAGGAAAAGGGCAAAUGCUGUGGCUAAGGAUGGGGGCUAUGGAAUCAAACCUGGGUUUGACUUCUGGUUCUGCAUUUAUAGCUCUGUGAUCUUGGACAGGUUACUGAGGCUCUGUAAAUCCAGUCGUCUUAUGUUGAAAAUGACGAUAAUAAACCUCAUAUUUAUUCUCCAAAUAGAUUGGGAGAAAAUCAAAAUCAAAAUUGAGAUGGAAAUUAGUAAAGAACGAGAGCGAUCAUCAAGCAGCCAGUCCAGCACGAUUAUAGGGCCAAAGCACUAAAUGCCAUGCUUACCUUUAAGAAGUUUUACCUUCUGAAACGAAUUCUGGUGAACCAAGGGAAAGCAUGUGUUCUUCGCUAAAGAGAAAGGUAGAAUCUUUAAAUAUGAGCACUUGCUGUGUAUUUAAUGCUAAAAGUAUAUUCAGAAACACUAAACACAAUAAUUGAUGUAAUUUCAUCUUUUAUAUUUUUUAGUCUAAUAAUUCGUAAACCAUUCCUAUUUAUUUAUGAUAUUCCUAUGUAGUGUUGCUUACAUUCCAGGUUUUUGUCCAUUAUUUUAUUCCUGAAUCUUCAACAUGAACAAAUAUUAAUGCUGAUAAUAAAAUAUUGUAUUUCUAAAAA